AUGGAUUCGACGAAGUUGGGCGGUCCAACGCCGACUAGUCCGAGGACUCAUUCGCCAGUCCUGCCGAGCUACGCUGCGCCCGGUGACGGUAAUAUUGAUUACAUAAUAGGCGAUUACAUGGAGAGACUAGGUACGAGACUGAACAUUCUCGAAACUGAGUUGAAAUAUGCUUGGCGGGCGCUGGAUCUUCUCAGUCAGGAGUACAUCAAAAUGUGGGAAAGAUUAGAAAAGUUAGAGGGUCUGUUAUAUGAGCAGCAGACAGUUAUCAGCCAGCUGAUCGAGUUUUAUACUAGUGGUGGUACUCAUGACAACGUGAAUAUCGUCGAGGAGACUUUGGACAACCAAGAAGACUCGGUAGGCGAGCUAGACGCGAUAGCGAAGAGCCUGGGUGCUGCGAUAGGCAUUGAGGAAACCACCGUAAUACGGGAGAAACUGGCUCAACAGGAGCUGGCGAGGAUGCACGGACUCACGCAGGAUAGUACAACGGCCGCGGCUGUGGUCACUGACAUGCAUAGGAAUGUUAGGAAUUUGGACACUUUGGAGACCCUCGAGGAAGAGGGCAACAUUCCCGACGAGGCAUUCUAUAGAAGCUUGAAUAACGCCUACAGAGAAGAUCUAAUUUGUGGCGAUACAUCGAGACCGACGUCGCAGCUGGGUAUGAUCUGGGAAGAGGCUGAAGAUGAGGACAUAAACGGUAAGAAGGAGAUCGAGCCCAGCAUAUUCGACAAAGCUAUAUCAAAGGAAAAAGAACUGGAAGAGCUGUCUAGCCAACCGACCAAGGAAGAAGUGCAAACUUCCAUAAUGAAAAAGGAAGACGAGGCGGAUGAAGACGAGGGUGAGGUAUUCAGCGCGGCCGAUUAUAAGAGCUACAGAGGAAACACACCGUGCGUCAGUGAGCAAGAUCUCGCUCAACUUUCAAGACUCAGCUCUCUCGAUCAAGUGGCAUUAGAAAAAUUGCACGAGAUAGAUAGGCUAACUAGUAAGUUGCAAAAGGAUUCGCAAAAUCUAAUAGAACUGCAAUCGAGAUUGAUAGAUUCGCCAAAACGGAACCAGUACGCGUCCGAAGCCGAAGCCAAACUUGCUGAGGAAGCAAGCAGCAUAGACGAACAGCUGAGAAAGAUUUACGCGGAAACUGACGUGGACAGCUGGACUUUCUCCAAAAGUCCCAGUUCCACAGGUAGAUCGAUCUCUAGAGUCAGCACUGACAGUGGAUUGGCCACCGAUGGCGACUUUACAACGAGAUCUAUAUCGCCAAGACUGACCUCUACGUCCAGGAGUAAUUUAGACUCCAUUUCGACUACUUAUACCCCGCCUAGAUUAGGAUAUACAUCGGCCAUACUAGAAAAGAGUCCGGAGCCCGUGAUUCAGUUGCCGAUCGAUGUUGGUAGCUUUGCGAAGGGAUACGCAGAGAACAAGGAACUGACAGAUCUGAUGGCAGAGAGCUUCGCGACCGCCGUCACCUGCGCCUCGCCCAACAUUUACAGCACGACCACCGAGAAAGUAUCGUCGCCCACUUUGUCGGCCGGCAGCGUACACAGUGUUCACAGUGUCCAGGGUCUCCGCACCAGACAGGACGGUUACUUUGGCAGCGCAGCUCGGCUCAAUCUUGAAUUCCAGGAAAGUCGUACACCACCCAGUCCGUCGCCUAGCUCACCGCCUCCGCCAGCGCCGCGAGACACCACCGAAACCUUUCUUAUGCCCGGCACAGAACAAAGAGAAUCAGAAACGAAGAGGUCUCAGAGCCCGAGUUUCCUGCGAAACGCAGAAAAGCUGGUCUCUAUGGAACAGGGUCGUCUCAGUCCCCGUCAGUCGCCCAAAUCACCGCGAGUCUCGCCGAAACAUGCCGUUAAAUCUAGCAGUGCCGUUAACAUAGUCACAGCUAAGUCCGAUUCCGGUCUGUCCUCUAUGAGCGGCUGGAGCAGCUUAGACAAAUCGCCAUGUUCGCCGAAGAGCUCCAUCGCUAAAAUGCUGACUUCUUAUUCGGUAGAUCACACCCGUACGAGUAAUCUUAUACCCAGUACACAGCCCGCCAGAACAUCCAGUCCGAUACCGCCGCUUCCAGAAACGACCACUACCACCACUAUCACGCAGGAACCUCUUUAUGACACUCCCGAGGGUAGAGACGCCUUUGCGAGUACCAUGACGACAACGUCCAGUCAUCCUUAUACAACGACAAUGAAUCACUUGUCCGCAUAUACGACCGCCAGCAAGUCGCCGGCUAAAGAAGAUUAUACUUUUGUGCCACCGCCAGCUCCGGGUGUAACUACUACUUGUCAGAGUCCCAAAAAACGCAGUCGUCAGCAGAGCUUACAACAUACUUACGCGACGUCCUCCAGUACGAAUGCGGAUUAUAUUUACAGAUCGGAACAACCAGCUAUUUACUCCGUGGCCGGUAGUAAUCGACAGCAAGCUAUUACGAGUGUCUAUACAAGCGGUGCUGGAAGUUACGGUCCCAAAACUACUACCUCGGCUUAUUACUCUUCUUCCGAAUCGAUGGAUCAUCAAUAUACCAACUAUCAAGACAGUUACGGCACUCUUCAGUAUACGGAAACGACGGGCGCUAUAAUGGCUCAUGGGAAAAAGCCAAUACGUGGAAGCUCUUUUACGGAUGGUAUGACAAACCAUGAAGGGUACAAAGCGGCGAUGUAUCGUACGAUGUUCCCCACCGGCAACAUCACGGAUGCUCUCUCGUACUAUCCGACUAGCGCGACUAAUCUGCCGCGUACAGAGACAAACGAGAGUUCAUCAUGGCUGAACUCUAUGGAGGAACAGAUACCUCACGAUUCAACAUCUUCCAGCAUCAGGUCUUUAACUUCCGAUGGGAGCUACGCUCAAAGUCCGUACACGGACCGAAGGUAUCCCCAGCCGCCGGCCUAUCAAGCGCAUUCGGCAUAUCAACAGCAUCACAUUUACGCGAAUCAGAAUUAUCCGCAAGCUUACCAGCAACAGUAUCAACCAUACAGUCAACGACUGAGUAGUGCUGAGAGCGCACAACUCGCGGAUGGUUAUCAAAGACAAUGGCAAAGGGAACAUCAGUACAUUCAAGAUCACGAGAGUGGAAGAAUAUCCAUGGAGCAACAACAGACGCAGCAAAGCGAGUAUUAUGACGCCUCGAGUGUAAUAGUUUCGCAAUCCGGAUACAUCAGUAUCGCUUCGAAUCUGAAAGAUCAUGAGGUCGAUAAUAGUAAACUAUCGAAGAAAAUUAGAAGAGGUUCUUCGCUGAAGAACGCAAUGAGCUCUAUGAGCAAUUGGCUACCAGAUUUGCACCUCACUAAACGUCACAGAAGUCAAUCAUUACCAGGUGGUGUCAGAAGAGAAGAUCUAGACGUGCAAGAAGCUCAGCAGCAAAGAUUACCUGCUGAAAUGACAGGCAGAGGUCGAGGCAGAGCUCAGACGACCAGAAAAAAGAAAAAACAUACACUGGUUUCCACGGUCUCCGGCAUUCUCCAGAAGGCCAAGCGUCGCAGUCAUCAGUCGCAAUCUUUAUCCGAUCCGGAACAGUCUGAGACAGAAUGGAGCAGUGGUCGGCAAAGCGGUCUCUCGGAAGAUGAGGACAGUGUCAUAUCUGAUAUCGUUCAAGAACCGCCUUUUUUUGCUAAAGUAAAAACCGCGAGCACGAAAAGAAAGCAGCCGCCUCCGAUGCCGCCGCAGAUGAUAGCACAACAGCAGCAACAGCAAGCACAGAUUCAAGCGCAGCAAAAGGAAUAUAUGCAACAGCAGCAACAACAGGCACAGCUGCAACAACUCCAGCAGCAACAGGCGCUUCAACAACAGCAGCAAGCACUCCAACAGCAGAUUCAACAACACCAAGAGCAAUUGCAUCAACAGGCUCUUCAAGACACGUGGGCCAAAGAGAAAGAAAAUCAAAGAAAAAUCGAGAUUAACGAAUAUGAAACGAAUGGCGACCAGACGGCUAUGCUCGAAGAAGAAGCUUCUGGUAAGAGUACCGGCUCGGGAUCCGGUGGAUCGUCGAUUUUUCAAACCGUUGGCGAUAUUAAGAGGUCAACAGGCAGUUCGGAUGAGGCUCCCAAUGAGAAGGCACCAAAAUUACCUCCGGUUACCUUGAUUGGUGGCUCGAGCAUGGAAUUCGCUGUGUCACGAGCACUCGGCAAAUAUCGCCAACGACAAUCCUCGACAGUGUCCGAUGAACAAUUGGUCAUUGACGAGAAUAACGAAAAGAGACCAUCCGAAGAGGGUCCAACGCAAACUUUGGAAACAAGUUUUGAAUAUCCGGAGGAUGUAUCAGAAAAAAGCGAGAAGAGCGAGAAGUCUGGUAGCGCAAAAUUACCGGAAUUGGUCACCAGUCUAUCAGAAGAAGCUCCGCCGUCGGAGGGCAGUCCGUCGGCGUCCAUAAGGGGUUACAAUACUACAGGGGGAACUCGAUUUCUACCUCGCCAUCAGCAAUCUCUAGAGAUUCCUUGGACUGGUUCGCGACCGGGUGAACCUGAUGAGGAUAAUCGCAGCACUCAUUCAUACAGGAGCACAUCGAGAGUGUCUUCAAGACGACAAAGCACAGAAGAUUCUAUUGAUUCCGAAGACGAAUGGUACUGUUACGAAUUAAGAAAACUCGAAGAAUUGGAAAGACAAUCCGAAAUGGAGAUGACCGAAGCAUUGAUCGAGGAACCUGAAGAAGAAGUUUACCAGCCGGACGAAACGGUAAAAGAAAAGAUGUCGUUUGUAUUGAAGGAGCUUAAGCUCAAAGCCAUCACGAAACCAAAGGAUCAAAGAAAAGAAGGUAGGGAAGAAUUGCGAGGCAGAAUGAACGGUACGGUCAUCAAAGAGCAUCGCUUCGAAGAAAACGAUAGCAGAUAUCGCGACGAAAAGCCUAUUCCUAAACGAAAAUCUGCAGAAAGUGUGGAAGCUGUAUUCGCCAGGGUGACCGAUUACCAUACAUGGGCGCACGAGUUAGAAGCUAAGAAGGAGAAGCCUCCACCAUCCACGGAAGAAGGUUCUUCUGGUGAGACAUCCGGUCCGGACAGUCCCGGACAGUCAAUGGACGAGGAAGAGGAAGAAGAGCUGCCGAAGGAUCUCGAAGAGCAGCAGUCACGACGAAGCUCCAACGGUUCGACGCUACGUCACAGCGAGAAGAUGCCACAGGGCUCGGAUUCUUUAUCCCGCGAAGGUAGCGUAAGUGUACCACCUAGCGAAGUGUCGGUCAGCAUCCCGGGAGCUUGGGAUUCUGAAAGCACUGUCCUUGAAGGCCUCGAGCGCGAUGGAGCCGGUAGCGCCGAGACAGCUACAACGGCGACCUUGAGUCUACCGAAGAUCAAGAUCGACUCCUCGUCCUGCGGAAGCUCGGACACGACAUUGAAGGAGGGCCAGGUGAGUCCUGGCCCGCCUGGGUCCAAGUGGAAGCUGCUCAAGGCCUUGAAGGAACGUAAGGCCGAGGAGAAGCUCAAGGAGGUCGAAGAUGCCUCUAAGGAAAACGCUAUCUCUCAGGGACCCACGGCAAACGGCAGCGGGCCGGGCGGCGAAUCCGGUGGACGAGCGAACGGACAUCCAGGCGACAAUCCCUUCUACAGCACUAUCGACAGCAUGCCGGACAUUCGACCGCGCCGGAAGUCGAUACCAUUGGUUUCCGAGCUGGUCUUGAAGACCAUGGCAGCGACGAAGAGGAACGCUGGUCUCACAUCUGCCGUACCUCGAGCGACGCUGAACGACGAGGAGCUGAAGAUGCACGUGUACAAGAAAACUCUACAAGCGAUGAUCUAUCCUAUAUCAUCAACCACUCCUCACAAUUUUGUCACCUGGACGGCCACGUCGCCGACGUACUGCUACGAGUGCGAGGGUCUUCUCUGGGGCAUCGCUCGACAAGGAGUGCGAUGUAUGGAGUGCGGUGUCAAGUGUCACGAAAAGUGCAAAGACCUUUUGAACGCCGAUUGUUUGCAGAGGGCGGCUGAAAAGAGCUCAAAGCACGGCGCUGAGGAUAAGGCGAAUACCAUUAUCACGGCGAUGAAGGAGAGAAUGAAGCAAAGGGAACAAGAGAAACCGGAAAUCUUUGAACUUAUUCGGUCAGUCUUCGGGGUCGACGAAAAGGCGCACUUGGGUCACAUGAUGGCGGUGGAGCAGUCGGUUUUGGACGGUACCAGCAAAUGGUCGGCGAAGAUCGCUAUUACAGUGAUCAGCGCUCAGGGAUUAAUCGCCAAAGAUAAGAGCGGCACAUCCGAUCCCUACGUGACGGUCCAAGUUGGUAAAGUAAAGAAACGCACGAGGACCAUGCCCCGAGAAUUGAAUCCAGUAUGGCACGAAAAGUUCUAUUUCGAAUGCCACAAUUCAUCCGAUCGAAUCAAAGUUCGAGUGUGGGACGAGGACAACGACCUGAAGUCGAAGCUGAGGCAAAAACUGACGAGGGAGAGCGAUGACUUUCUUGGGCAGACCAUCAUCGAGGUCCGAACUCUCAGCGGCGAGAUGGACGUCUGGUACAACCUGGAGAAGAGGACGGACAAGAGCGCAGUGUCGGGCGCUAUUCGGCUGCAUAUCAGUGUCGAGAUCAAGGGCGAGGAGAAGGUGGCACCUUACCACGUGCAGUACACCUGUCUGCACGAAAAUCUCUUCCACAGCCUGUGCGAGGAGAACGGCGGCAUGGUGAGCUUGCCUCAGACGAAGGGCGAGGACGCCUGGAAGGUCUAUUUCGAUCCUCCUGGCGAAGAGCUCGUCGACGAAUUCGCCAUGCGUUACGGCAUCGAAAGCAUCUACCAGGCGAUGACGCACUUCCACUGCCUCUCAACCAAGUACCUGUGUCCAGGCGUGCCGGCCGUUAUGUCGACUCUCCUGGCGAACAUAAACGCGUACUACGCCCACACGACCGCCAGUCCGGCCGUGUCGGCCAGUGAUAGAUUCGCCGCCAGUAACUUCGGGAAAGAAAAAUUUGUCAAGCUACUCGAUCAGCUGCACAACUCCCUCAGGAUCGACCUGUCAAUGUACAGGAACAAUUUUCCGGCUUCGAGUCAAGAGAAAUUGAUGGAUCUGAAGAGCACCGUGGACCUGUUGACAAGCAUUACGUUCUUCCGCAUGAAAGUUCAGGAACUGUCAAGCCCGCCACGGGCCAGUACUGUCGUGAAGGAUUGCGUGAAGGCAUGCCUGCGAUCGACCUAUCAGUUCCUGUUCGAGAACUGUUUCGAGAUGUACAAUCGAGAGUUCCAGGUGGAUCCGAUCGAAGCCGCGCGAGACAUGGACGAUCAUGGGCCGCGACUGGAUUCGCUCAAAUUCUGGCACAAGCUGAUCUCCCUGAUAGUCAUGGUGAACGACGAGGACAAGAACAGCUAUGCGCCCGUGUUAAAUCAAUUCCCUCAGGAGCUCAACAUCGGUCAACUGUCGUGUGCCACGACGUGGUCCUUGUUCGCGGUGGACAUGAAGUACGCUCUGGAGGAGCACGAGCAGCAUAGACUGUGCAAAUCCUCGGACUAUAUGAAUUUGCACUUCACAGUUAAGUGGCUGCACUCCACCUACGUCAAGGACGUGCCGCCAUAUAAGGGCGCCGUGCCAGAAUAUCCGGCCUGGUUCGAACCCUUCGUCAUGCAAUGGCUCAAUGAGAACGAUGACGUCUCAUUAGAAUAUCUCCACGGUGCCUUUAGUAGAGAUAAAAAGGACGGCUUCCAAAAGAGCAGCGAGCAUGUGCUCUUCAGCGUCUCUGUUGUCGAUAUUUUCACACAAUUGACGCAGUGCUUCGAUGUAGUAUCGAGGCUGGAAUGUUCAGAUCCGGAGAUCUGGAAGAGAUACAUGAAGAGAUUCGCUAAGACCAUCGUUAAAGUCCUGCUGGCUUAUGCAGAUAUAGUGAAGAAGGAAUUUCCUAGCCAUUUGAAGGAAGAACGAAUUGCGUGUAUUCUGAUGAACAACAUCCAACAACUUCGGGUUCAAUUAGAAAAAAUGUUCGAAUCGAUGGGCGGUGACAAGCUAGAGGAGGACGCGGCGAACAUAUUAAAGGAGUUGCAACAACAGUUGAAUGGAGCUUUAGACGAUUUGGCUAUACAAUUCGCGAACAGUUUAGAACCGCGAAUAACCGUUUCCGUUAAGGAAUUAGGAGACCUUCUGUUGGCUAUCAAAGGCGGAGGACAGGUAACCCUAUCGCAACCGGCGCAAAGAAACAACGUCACCGUAGAGGCCGACGAUGUUCUGAGGCCGCUCAUGGUUCUACUCGACGGUAGCCUAUCUUUGUAUGCUGAAUCGUGCGAAAAGACGGUAUUGAAGAGACUAUUGAAAGAACUGUGGAAGAUAGUCAUGAGAAUUUUAGAAAAGACUGUUGUUUUACCACCUAUGACGGAUAAGAACAUGAUGUUCAAGAAUCUAACGGAUAACGCUAAGAAUCUCGCUGCGAACGCCAAAAUAGAAGAUAUGUCGAAGCUGUUUAAGAAUCAUAUGGCUGGGAAACCUGAUGUUAAAAAUGCUCUCAGUGGAGUUAUGGAUAUCUCCAAGGAAGUGGAGAAGAAUCUUUCACCGAAGCAGUGCGCGGUUCUCGAAGUUGCUCUGGACACGAUCAAACAGUACUUCCAUGCCGGCGGUAACGGCUUGAAGAAGACGUUCCUGGAGAAAUCGCCGGAACUGCAGAGCCUCCGUUACGCUUUGAGCUUAUACACGCAGACAACGGAUACCCUCAUCAAGACCUUUGUCACUUCGCAAGUCAAUCAAGUGCCGCUGAACGAUGCGUCAACGCUACGUCAGCGUCAGCGUUCGAUGAGCAGCGAGAGAGGUGACGAAGGGGAAGGAGCCGAGGGUAUGGAAAGCCUCGAGGAACCCCUUCGCCAGAGCAAGCCCUCUCUUCGUCGAGAGAGCCGACAAGUUCCAGAUACCGCCGGUUCGGACGAGGGUUCGGUAGGUGAAGUGAGCAUUCAGGUGGAUCUCUUUACACAUCCGGGAACGGGAGAGCAGAAAGUCACCGUCAAAGUUGUGGCCGCGAACGAUCUGAAAUGGCAAUUGGCGUCAGGCAUGUUCAGGCCAUAUGUUGAAGUGAAUCUAAUCGGACCGCAUCUUACUGGCAAGAAGAGGAAACAAUCGACGAAAUCGAAGAGCAAUAACUGGUCGCCGCAAUUCAACGAGAGCUUUGACUUCAUGAUUGGUAACGAGCAACAACAGCUAGACUUCUACGAAUUGCAUAUCUGCGUGAAGGAUUAUUGCUUCGCGAGGGAGGAUAGGCUCGUCGGAGUCGCGGUGAUGCAGCUUAAGGACAUCGUCGAGGAGGGCUCGUGCGCGUGUUGGCUGUCGCUCGGCAAGCGUAUCCAGAUGGACGAGACCGGCUGGACGAUCCUGCGUAUUCUCUCGCAGCGCAACAACGACGAGAUCGCCAAGGAGUUCGUGAAGCUGAAGAGCGACAUCAGACAGGAGACACUGCUACCGAAUCCCACUUGAGGAGAUACGACGUUGCAUUAAUAAGCCGAUAGCGACUCGAGUACUUCGAGCUUGGAAAGAGCCCGAAGAGGAGAAGAAAAAAAAGAGCAGAAAGAAAAGGAGGAAGAGAAGCAGGAGGCCGUCCAAAAGGGGUUAGCAUUUGAUGCCUUCGGUGCCACAAGCGAACGAAACUUUUCACGAUUCCGCGCGAGAGAGUAAUUCGCGCGAUUCAUCCGGCGAAAACGAUCGCCUCGAACCCUUCCGCCCUUCUUCGCUGAGAGGCACACGAUCUAAGGAGGGACAAUCCUAGCAACGGGAUUUGAUUUACCGCGAAGCUUCUUCUCUCCAUCUUUCCUCGCGCUGUGGAGUUCAGUCGAGCGUAAUUCCUCUCCCUUUUUUACGAGACUCAUACACACACAUAUACACACACAAAGCUUCAACCCCGUCCCUGGACAGCGACGACGCACCGGGAACUAUCAUCUUCCACAGAUCUCGAGAUAGGACGACGAGCUAGGUCAACCCCGCGUGACUUGGCGUUCGUCCUGCGUACUAUUACAAUAAUGAAAAAAGGGUGAUUCCUCCCUCUUGCAUUUAUAGAGAGCCAAAAUAAUCGGAGGAAGCGGAGCUCGACAACGACGCUCCAGUACUACAUAAGACACAUCGGACUCUUCUUCGUGGGUGUGUCGUAGGCGUGACGCAAAGGGAGACGAAGAUACGAAGGAGAGAGUGUUCGCUAGGACAAAGACGCGAAACGUGAAAACAGUGCUGCCAGUAUGCAAUAUAUUUGGUAAUAUUCGUAACGUAAGAUAGGACGAGAGAUCAACACCGCGAAGAACUCAAGUACGGUGCUUCGCGCAGAAGGCGACAGAGACUCUCUCGAUCGGACGCGCCGCCGUUCGCCGAAAGACUGACUUCGAAAUGGAAGAGGACGAUAAGCGAGUCCACGUGUGAUGAAUCCUUGAUCGCGACGCGGCCGCACAUGCUACAGACACAGGGCGAAAUCGAUGCGUACAUGGAACCGUAAACUUUACGUGCCACGCAUACAUACACAUUCACACAUUACGUUUACACGCGCGCGAUACGACCGCGUCGUUUCUAGGCCGUUUGUUCGGGAGGACGAGUUUACUGUAGAUACGUGAAAACAUUGUUGAGACGAAGAAGUUUUUUCUAAAUAUACAGUUUAAAUGUAGCAUUGCGUACGACCAAAUAGGCACGCCCUGUGACGUCACGCAGCGGCGUGCCGUUAGUAAUAAAAACAGAAAAAAGUUAGUAAGGCAUUGUAAUUGUAAAUUACGUUCUUAUUCGUAAGAUUAUACCAGAAAUGAUCAUAAGAGUCUGACUGUUGCUGAUGCUGUUGCGAAUGAUGCCGAGAUCCGCCCGAAAGCUUCGAUAGUUACGCGAAAGCGUAACUAUUCCAGACCUUUGCGAGCGAAAGAUGUACACGCGUUGAUCCUGCGCCUCCGGAAGUCGCAUGUUAACGUAACAGAGGCAGGCCCGACACGCUGCAAACGCGAAUCCUCGUUCUAUGAACUGGCGAGCGAGCGAGACUACAAAAUUGAACUUUACACUCCUGUAAUUGGUGCUGUCGGUACCACUCGAAUACUCGGAUACUUUGAGUAUUAUUUAAGUGUGACCGGUUACUUUGAGAUAUUACCAAAAUUACGGGUUGGAUAAUAUUGAAGCUAUCCGAGUAAUAUCCGUGAACUUUGAUAGCACUAUCUGUAAUCUUGUAGCACACGCAAGUGAUUAUACCGUAGCUUUUGAUUCUUCUUUAGCUAUCGCUGUUUUUUACGGCAACCGCCUAUUUCCGAAUACUACACGAGGCGCACUGGACUAUUAUUAUUAGUACAACUAUUGCUACCGUCUAGUUUCAGCAUGUCUUGUUCAUCUUUCCUCGUGUGCACAGCGGACGUUCGCCCGUCCGUAGAAACAUCUACCGCGUUCUCGCUGAUCUCUCUUAUCGGGAACUCGUAUCGGGCCAGCGGCGAAAGUGGAUGGAAAACGAUCGGGACUCUCUUCGCCACAUCUACUACGAUCGCAUGAAGCUUCGGUCGGAUCCUUCCGUGAGAGAAACUCGAAGGCACGUGACCUCGUAUCCGAUGAAUCCAGUUAUCGUCCAGCCCAGGGCUGCAGAGUCGGGCGGGGCAGGUACAACACAACUCCGGAGAUUAUAUUCGCUAUUAUAUUCAAAAGUUUCUACUACGUAGUACGUCUAGAUUAUACUUACGUAUUGUGUAUAGUGUCUAAAACUGCUGAUGUAGCUGCGAACGCGGGAUUUUCGAUCGGCAGAUAGAGAAAGAGAGACGAGAGUCAUCUAAAAAGUGAAUGAUUAUUUCAGCUGCAGGUGCUUACCAAAUUUGGGUACAUUAAAGCAUCAGAUUAUAAAUGGAAGAGUUCUACGUAACAAUAUUCGAAUCCAUUUCUUUAAAA